AUGUCAUUAAAGUUGCAGAAGGUUAAAGGGACAUUGGAUGGGAUCUCUCCCUUAAUUAUUGGAGGUGCUGUUUUCAACACGCAGUACAAUGAUAAUCCAUCUUCAAUGCCCGUCAAAAAUUUGUUGCUUACAGCAUUCCAGAACGGCAUAAAUGCAAUUGAUACUUCACCAUAUUAUGGACCCUCCGAAAUUAUUUUAGGAGAAGCUUUGGUCGAGCUAAUAAGCGUUGAUAAAUUUAUUACCAGAGAUAACUUUUACCUUUGCACGAAGGUUGGUAGGAUUCAGUUAGACGAGUUUGACUACAGCCCAAACUGGAUUAGAAAUUCAAUAUCCCGAUCCUUGAGUAGAUUUAAUACUACAUAUUUAGAUGUUGUUUUUCUUCAUGACGUCGAAUUUGUAGAGCUUGAUGGAAUAUACGCUGCACUAAAAGUAUUGAUGCAGCUUAAGAAGGAAGGAAAAAUCAGGUACGUGGGCAUUUCCGGCUACCCUGUCAACUUUCUUUACAAAGUUGCGAAGUCAGUGAGGAAUAUGCCAGAAACUGGAUCAUUGGAUAUUGUGAUGAGUUAUUCAAAUAUGUGUCUCCAAAAUAUUACGUUACUUAAUUAUUAUGAUAAGUUUAUUCAGGAUACUGGAAUAAAACUUCUUGACAAUGCCUCUAUUCUCUCUAUGUCCCUUCUAAGAUCUCAGAAAACUCGGAACUUUCAUCCAGGCUCUUCUGCGUUGAAGGAACGUUGUAAUGAAUUGGCUCGAAUUUUGAGAAACAAGUAUAAUGUUGAAUUGGCCGAUUUAGCAACAAGGUUUGCUAUUCGUAUGUGGUCUGAUAAGCAAGGAAGAACUGUUAUUGGGGUGUCUACGAUUUCCGAGCUUGAAGAUGCAUUAAAGCAGUAUAAGUUAGUCAUGUCUAGACAGCAAGAUGAAAGCGAUGACAGGUUGAUUAAAUUUUCCCAGAAGUUUUUAGGAGAGCAUUUUAACGAGACAUGGUCCAGUGGUAUAAAUCAUGAUCAGGGUAUAUAA